AUGUUGCGCCAAGCUGCCGCCGCUCUCCCCCGAUCUCUGCGCGCUGCUGCGCCCAGGGCGUCCGCCAGCCAGCUGCUGCUGCGCCCACAGGCGUGCGCUGCCGUCGCCACGCCGGCUUUCCGAUCCUUCCAGCCCGCUGCCUCGAGAUGGUACAGCGAAGCCAAGGAGGAGAAGACUGAGGACAAGGCCGAAGGCAAGGAGCAAAAUGGAGCUUCCGACGAAGUCUCGGAGCUAAAGAAGAGCCUUGAGGCCAAGGACGCCGAGGCGCGCGAGUGGAAGGACAAGUGCAUGCGCACCGUCGCCGACUUCCGCAACCUGCAGGACCGCACCCAGCGAGAGGUCAAGACGGCUCGCGACUUUGCCAUCCAAAAGUUCGCCAAGGACCUCGUCGACAGCGUCGACAACCUCGACCGCGCGCUGGCCAACGUCCCCGCCGACAAGCUCAACGCCGCCGACAAGAACGACGAUGUCAAGGAGCUCGUCAACCUCUACGAGGGCCUCAAGAUGACCGAGAGCAUCCUCAUCCAGACGCUGGCCAAGCACGGCCUCGAGCGACUCGAGCCCGAGGGCGAAAAGUUCAACCCCAACGAGCACGAGGCCACCUUUAUGACGCCGCAGCCCGACAAGGAGAACAACACCGUCUUCCACGUCCAGCAGAAGGGCUUCAAGCUCAACGGCCGCGUCCUCCGCGCUGCCAAGGUCGGCGUCGUCAAGAACGCUUAA